UUGUCUGUGUGACAACAUUGUGACAACAUUGGUGAAAUACAUUUCCAUUUCCAACUUUUUUGGGUUCAGUUGUAGAUCAUUGAUGAAACAUGAUUUGCAUUAUUUUUUUUUGUCUAGGGUAUUCUAAUCUAAUAUCGAGAACAGCAUCGGCAUACAUCAACAAAUACAGUAGCAAUGAGUUUGAAAGCCUUCACUCAAGUGCAAGUCUAUGAAAAACUUCCCAACCCUAAAGAAAAAGACAAAUUCAGCAUCCAUAGCCUGGAGUGUUAUGACAGAAAUAUAUACAUUGGAACCAAAGACUCAUUGGUCCAACACCUUAUCCUACCCAGCAGCAGUGACACGAAGGACUCCAGUCAAAGUCCUCGGGAGGGCAGGAUGAAACUGCUAGGCUCAAGAAGCCCAGUCACCCAAUUAAGGGUGAUACCAGUUCUCAAUCACCUUCUGGUUCUGUGGGAUCGUUCCGUUAGCGCCCUCAACAUGUUCUCCCUAGAACCCCUUCCUUUCCUGAAGCGGAUCCAACACGUGUCUUUCUUUGAGAUGUGUGAAUCAGCACUGUCAACCUCAUCGCAGUCUGUGUGUGUGGAGCUGGUGACAGCCUCUAGCAGGAGCAGAGUGGUCCGGAUCCAUGUUGUGGGGGUGGAGAGAUGGGAUUGUGUUAAAGAGGUGUCUCUACCCCAGGACCCUGUGGCCUUAGCUGUGGAUGAUAACACUUUGUGUGUGGCCACCAGUGACAGGUAUUUCCUCCACGACCACAAGAGUGGAAGCACCGUUGAUCUCUUCCCUCACAACCUGAGCAGGCAGAAUAUCAUUGUGAGCACCGCAGGAAAAGGGGAAUUCCUUUUAAAUGGGCCCGGCUCCUUGGGCAUGUUUGUCAUGAAGAAUGGCAUAUGCCAGCGGCCUCCAGUGCAGUGGUCUGAGGAACUGUUGGCAGCGGUGGUGUGUUACCCUUACAUCCUGGCUCUGCAGCCUCAGGCUCUCUAUGUCUACAGUAUGGUGGAUCAGCGUCUCAAACAGACUGUGCCUCUGCUUAGGGCCAGGGGCCUACUCUCAACAACAGAGGGUGUGUACAUUUUUAUGGAGAGAGAGAUCCUCGGUUUGUCCCAUGUACCAUUUGAGGAGCAGAUCCAAACCCUGGUAAGGUAUGAGAGAGUGGAGGAGGCAUUGGGACUGCUUGGUGGAGUUCAAGCUCAUCUUCCACAGGUUUCUUACAAGGAGCUGCAUAAGAUCAUCACUUGCAUGGAUGGAUUCAUUAAAUUCUACCAGGGGUCUUUUUCAGAGGCCAAAGAACUUUUUAUCAAAGGGGAGUUGGACCCUAGAGAAAUCAUCAGCUUGUAUCCAGAGAUGGAACCACUCUGUGAGACCUUUCAUUCCCAGCUGGUCAAAGUGAACAAUGCAAAGGAGCUCUUGGCACUACGGCAAGAGGACAGGACCACAUUUCAACAGUAUCUAGACUUCCUGGACGAUUUCCUAAGGGUGGUUCGAGGAACGAAGCAGGGAGUUGAGUGCAGUGAGGAUAUCGAUACUGCACAACUGAGAAUGUACACAGAGCAAGGUGACAGAGUAGACCUGGAUGCACUUGUGUCCUCUCCCAAUUCCUGCUCAAUCGACAAAUGUGUGCCUCUCCUUGAGCUGCACAAGAGAUUUUUCACACUUGGAUUACUCUACCAGAGUCAUGGUCACCAUAUCAAAGCAAUCCAGACUUGGGUGAAAAUGACUGAUGGGCAAUAUGAAGACAGCUCAUGUUCAAAUGUGUAUGAGCACAUUGUGAGAACUCUCAGUCGACUAAAACAGAGAGACGUCGUUUGGACGUUUGCAGACUGGGCUCUCCAAAGAAACCAGGAGGUUGGAAUACAGAUCUUCACAAAAAGAGAUCCAGAAGACCAAGACACAUUUGCACAGGAGGAUGUCCUCACUUUUUUAAAGAAGUACUCUCUAGCUUUGAUGUUGUUCCUGGAAUUUCUGGUCCAUGAUUUGAAAAGCAAGGAGGAGAAGCAUCAUACCCUUUUGGCCACCGCAUAUGUAACCCAUAUACUCGGAGCCUUACAGAAUGGAAAGGGUACGGAUUCAGAUGGAGGAAUGACCAGAGAUAAACUGCAACAGUUGCUGUGGCAGUCUUCCCUCUAUGACACCAUGACAGUACAUGAGGCCAUCCAGCCGACAGUCCUGCACACCGAGCAGGCCAUCCUGCUCGGGAGAGCUGGUGACCACUAUCAGGCCCUACAGACCUUGGUCCACAAAGAGAGAGACCUCCAGGUUGCAGGGGCCUACUGCAGGAGGGCUGCUGGGUGGCAGGAAAGGGAACUGGAACACACCCUUUUCCUCACCCUGCUCCAGAUCUACAUGGGCUCCAAUGAGCUAGCGAGUGCGGCCGUGGACCUGUUGAAUGCCAACGCUGCUGCUUUUGACCUGGAUACAGUCCUCCAGGUUCUGCCGGAUUCCUGGUCUGUUCAGCUGGUCUCCCAGUUCCUGUUGGGGUCCCUUCGAGGGACUUUCCAUCAAAGACGAAUGGCAGGGGUAGAGAGGGGCCUGGCCCAGGUAGAACUCCUUAGACACAAGUACACUUGGGCCCAAGCCUCAAAAAGAAUGCUGAAAUUGGAUAAGGGUCUGGUUUGCAAUACCUGCCAGAAGGAUCUCACAGAGCCAGAGUUUGUGUGUAGUCUUAGGGGUGAGCUGGUUCACACUAACUGUGGAAGCUACACAGAGUAGCUUCCACAAAUCCAAUGCAAGUCAAUGGCACCUAUAUUAGCAUUUUCUAAUUUCACUUCAAAAUCCUCUAUAAGCAACUUCAUUCAGUUACACAAUCCAUUUUUAGAUACUUUAGGAUGAUUUGGACAUAAUGCGUGGAAAUUAUAAUAAUUAUAGGUACCAUUGUUUUUUUAUUGAACCUUUAUUUAACUAGGCAAGUCAGUUAAGAACAAAUUCUUAUUUACAAUGACGGCUUACUUGGGAACAGUGGGUUAACUGCCUUGUUCAGGGGCAGAACGACAGAUUUUUACCUUGUCACCACGGGGAUUUACGAUCCAGCAACCUUUCGGUUACUGGCCCAACACUCUGACCACUAGGCUACCUGCCGCCCCAAAUCCAAUUAUUUGCAUUGAAUUUGUGCCACAAUUGUUAAAAAGUUAGCAUUUGAAACUUUGGCCAGUGAAACAAAGCCAAAGCAUGGAUUGCUGUCAUACCUUGUUGAUAGACUGCUUACAGGGAAAUAACUAAUAUGCCAUUUUGCAAUUAGGAUAAACUAUCCCUUUAAGGCAGCAACAUUUGACAGCUGUGUACUGUGUCUGCUUCUUACCCAAUCAAGUUUUAUGGGGAAUUUGCAAUCUUACUGGUCCAAAGACACUGAGUUAUACUAAACAUUAGGGACACCUCCUAAUAUUGAGUUGCAUUCCCUUUUGCCUUCAGAACAGCCUCAAUUCGUCAGGGCAUGGACUCUACUAGGUGUCGAAAGCCUUCCACAGGGAUGCUGGCCCAUGUUUGCACCAAUGCUUCCCACAGUUGUGUCAAUUGGCUGGAUGUCCUUUGGGUGGUGGACAAUUCUUGAUACACACAGGAAACUGUUGAACGUGAAAAACCGAGCAGCGUUGCAGUUCUUGACACACUCAAACCGGUGCGCCAGGCAUCUACUACCAUACCCCGUUUAAAGGCACUUCAAUCUUUUGUCUUGCCCAUUCACCCUCUAAAUGGCACACAAACACAAUGUCUCAAGGCUUAAAAAUCAUUCUUUAACCUGUCCCCUCCCUCUACACCAGUGGUUCCCUAAAUGUUUCUAGUCCCGUACCACUUCAAACAUUCAACCUCCAGCUGCGUACCCUCUCUAGCACCAGGGUCAGCGCACUCUCAAAUGUUGUUUUUUGCCAUCAUUGUAAGCCUGCCACACAAACACAAUAUUAUACAUUUAUUAAACAUAAGAAUGAGUGUGAGUUUUUGUCACAACGCGGCUCGUGGGAAGUGACAAAGAGCUCUUGAAGGACCAGGGCACAAAUAAUAAUUGAAUAAUACUCAAUAAUUUUAUUUAUUUAUUUAGCGAUCUUACAUAUAAAACCUUAUUUGCUUGAAAGGAUGCACAUAACUCUGCAACCUUGGGUUGUAUUGGAGAGAGUCUCAGUCUUGUAUCCUUUUCCACACACAGUCUGUGCCUGUAUUUCGUUUUCAUCCUAACGAGGGCCGAGAAUCCACUCUCACAUAGGUACGUGAUUGCAAAGGGCAUCAGUGUCUUAACAGCACGAUUUGCCAAGGCAGGAUAUUCCGAGUGCAGCCCAAUCCAGAAAUCUGGCAGUGGCUUCUGAUUAAAUUCUAUUUUUUGCAAUCAUGAUGAGGCUCUCUUGUUCAGAUAUCGGUAAGUGGACCAGAGGCAGGGCAUGAAAGGGAUAACGAAUCCAGUUGUUUGUGUCAUCCGUUUUUGGAAAGUACUUCUGUAAUUGCUCACCCAGCUUCGCUAUAUCACAUUUGACAUCGUCCGUAAGCUUGAGUUCAUUUGCACACAAACAAUCAUACAAUGACGGAAGGAGCUGUGUGUUGUCCUUGCUAAUGCAGACAAAAUGAGCUCCAACUUCUUAAUCAUAGCCUUGUCAUCACGCAAGCGGUCAGACAAGUGAAAAUUAUAGUCAGCGAAGAAAACUUUAAGUCUCUCAAUUAAAAAAAACAUGUCAAUACUUUGCCCCUUGAUAACCAUCGCACUUCUGUAUGUUGUAAAAACACUGCCCAUAUAAUUUCAUGAUGCAGAAAAUAGACAAGAGUUCAGCGGCUUUGCUUUAACAAAGUUAAUCAUUUUCACUGUAGUGUCCAAAACGUCUUUCAAGCUGUCAGGCAUUCCCUUGGCAGCAAGAGCCUCUCGGUAGAUGCUACAGUGUACCCAAGUGGCUUCGGGAGCAACUGCUUGCACACGAGUUACCACUCCACUAUGUCUCCGUGUCAUGGCUUUUGCACCAUCAGUACAAAUACCAACAUAUCUUGACCACCAAAGUCCAUUUGAUGUCACAAAGCUGUCCAGUACUUUAAAAAUAUUCUCUCAUGUUGUCCCAGUUUCCAGUGGUUUGCAGAAGAGGAUGGCUUCCUUAAUUGACCCCCCAUAAACAUAACGGACAUGUACCAGGAACUGUGGCCCGCCACGUCUGUUGACUCAUCCACUGUAAAUGCAUAGAAUUCACUGGCUUGUAUGCGAAGCAGUAAUUGUUUAAAAACAUCUGCCAUUUCACUGAUGCGUUGUGAAACAGUGUUGUUUGAUUAAGUAAUUGUCUGUAUAGUUUUUUUGGCCCUUUCCACCAGCAUUGUCCCAGCCAUAUCUGUGGCAGCAGGAAGAAUUACGUUAUCCACAAUAAUAUGGGUCUUUCCUGUCCGAGCCACUCGAUAGCUCACCAUAUAAGAUGCUUCUAGCCCCUUCUUAUUAAUGGUAUCUGUCAUCUUUAUUCUUGCUCAAAAAACUCCUGUGGCUUAUUUUUCAAAUGGUCAUGUUUCGUUUCUAAAUGUCUGCGCAAGAGUGAAGGUUUUCCGCGAGAGAGUAACAGUUGAUGUGAUUGGAUGUUAAUUAUUUGACUAGGAUACCUGUAUUUGACAUUGUGUUGUUAUGUCUUUGAACAGUAGAUGGUUCAAUUUUAUUUUGGGCCGUGAUACGAGGAUAUUCAGGCGAGAAAAAUGCUCACCCAAAUGUAUAUCCCGUUGGAAAAUAUAAAUGUACUGUUUAAAAAUGUGUCGAAU